AUGAAUAUCAGCUUCAAGUCACGGCCUGAACCUCAGUUCAACCACAACAUGCCACAGAACCCGCAUUACCCUCCCUCUAGAAGCUCAGAUGGGACAUACUUCUUGUCCAGGCAUGUUCCCCAUCCUAGAAUGGUCUGUCACAUACGAGGGUUAAACAAUGCUCCUAUCUGUGUUGUAAGAGAGACAGGCAGAUUUUUAAGAGAAUGCGUAACUGCUGGCAAAACAGGAAUCCUGGAGCACAAAGCCCACCAACAACAUGCGCUAACUGGGAACACCACAAGCGAUGCAUCCGCCAACAACUACUUUCCAAGGCUCGAGGCUUGCUUGAGAAAGGGGUUAGGCUCUUCACGGUUCGAGACACGUUUCCCUAUUACAUUUACAAACAAAAACUUCUGCCGAGCACUUCGUGAUUCCAGUGCUUUUCACAGACUUCUUUUGAAACAACAAUUCCAAACCUCUGCACCACCUGCAACUAGCCAGGGAAUCCAUGCUGCUUCUCUCACCCAGCCGUCCUCUCCAUUCAUCAACUUGCGUCACAAUCCUCACAUCCAAGAGAACAUGAAUUAUGUCCCAAGCUACCUGGAUCAGGGAAUAAAGGUGUUGGAAAAACUCUGCAAAGUUUUACAGACAGAUUCUCUUGCAGAGAUCCAAGGAUGGCUCUCAAGGGCAAGUAUAAAAGAGAAAAACUUCGUGUCCAAUCUGAUUCACUCAGAACUGACUGGCAAAGAUUUGCUGAAUUAUCAGCCCUGUGCAACAAAUGAAGGUACAGCAGAGAACAUGAAUAUCCAGAGUCUGGAAAAGCCUCACCCUCCUCUUUGGGGAGAUGCAGAAGAAGAAAUGAAUCAGUCCAGGCCAUCCACUAAAGAAUCAGAAGCAAGUCAAAGCAAGAAACAGGGUAAGUGA